UUUCCUUCCUGUAGAUGGCAGUCUACUACUUCCCCCUUUACCUUCAUUUUACACUUUGUUCCAUUGACAUCGUUUUUCUUUAAAACUACUUUUCAUGAAAAGUGGGUAGAGAGAAAAAAACAGACAUUAGAAUGUACGGCAGACUCGUUUGCCUGCAUGUAGCUCGUUUCAGAUCGUGUUUUUGCGAGUAGCAUUAUGUUCUUUUGGUUGAAAGAAUUAUAGACGCAACCGUCAAGGGAAGUAAUUUUGUGGUGAAUGCUCAACAAUGGCCUCGAAUGAGCCAAGAGAGGACUCGUCGUUUUCGGGUUCAUUGGAAGCCGACUUAAGCGAACAAUGUACAGCUAAAAACAACGACCAGCUCGCUCUUUCCCAGAUGAAAAAGACAGGGGACAGUGGUUUGCAACCCAGGAAUAUACAAGUCCACAGUACAGCUUACAGUACAAGAGAAAUGAACAACACUGAACCAGAUUCUGUGAGAAAUAUGUGGUCUCAAGCUCAUAUGACAUCUACUGCUUCUAGUUCUUUGAAUUCAGUUCCUGGCUGCCAAAUUCCACCUCCUUGGCCCGAAACCUUGGUCAUGAGCACAGCUGCUUCUGUACCAUCUACUAAAAACUACAACAUGCCAACCCAGUCCUCAGCAAAUAACUAUCCUAACGUUAACCCAGUAAACUCUUAUUUAUUACCCAACAGUUCAAAUAGUUUACCAUUAUCUAGUUGUGGAAACCUCAAAGGACCUACCUAUUCUGAUAGUAUCCAAAAAGUUCCUACAAGUAAUCAAGUUCCAUUUUUCAGUCCAACAUCCAGCUCCAAAAAGAAUAAUUCUGUUAAAAUUCUCUCUGCUUCUAGUACUUAUAGUAAAACCGCUGCUGGUUUCCCCAGUUCAACAUUAGGUCAGAUAGGGUUCACUACAACUUCUGCUAGUUCUACAAGUUCAACAAACCCGCUAAUGAAUCCUUGUCCUAAAUAUUCUGCUCAGAGUCUUGGAAAACCAUCUGGCCUAAUAACAUCAAGUAACAUUAGCUCUAUUGCUCCGAACUUUUCAAAUUCUGGAACAGAACCCACGAUUAUUUCAAAAAGUUUUUCAACUCCAGUAAAUUCGAUGCAGUUAUCUCAUAGUAAUGACAGUCCGGUAGGGGUGACUUCGACGGAAAGUUAUCAACAGUCCACACCAGAUAUUAACUCUAUGAACAUAACUCAGGUUUCAAAUAGUUCUGUGAGUGCUGGACAAAUGCCGAGCAGUUCAGUGAUUCAUAUGGUUGCUGGUUCCAAGAAAGCUGGCCAGAUGAGACCCAUUUCUGUUAGUCCAAGUCAUAUAUUAUCUAGUUCUGUAAGUUCUGGACAUCUGGAAUCCAGUUCGUUGAACCAGGGUCAUAUCUCAAGUAGUUCUGUUACUUCUGGCCAUUGUAUUGAGGGAUCGAUGAAUUUAGGUCAUAUGGUCAACCCAGUAAAUCCUAAUAAUGCUUUGUUGACACCCAGUCAUAUGCAAAAUAAUGCUCUGAAAACAAGCCAUGGCCAGAUGUUACCUAGUACAUUACAACAACAACAACACCAGCAACAACAACAACAACACCAGCAACAACAACAACACCAGCAACAACAACACCAGAGUCAAAUUUCUAGUGGUCAAAUACACCCUGCACAAGUACAGGGUGGUUCAUUGCACACAAAUCAAAUACCCCCUGGUCCAAAACAUUCGAGUCAAAUGCCUGGUGUUCACACAAUGCAUCCUAUUCAGAUGAUAAAUACUCCUAUGAAUCAAGGGCCAGGCUCUGUGCAUCAGCCUCAAGUUCCUGCUGGAAUCAUGCAUCCCAGUCAAAUGCCAGCAGGGCAUAUGCAGGGAAAGCCAAUGGAGCAUAGUCAGCGGUCAGGACAUAUGCAUCCUGACCAAAUGUCAAACAGACCAAUGCUUUCCGGUCAAAUAUCAGACAUACCCAUAAGCACUCCUCAGUCUACUGUUGGUUCUUUACAAACUGGCUUUGUAGCUAGUUAUAUGAAUUCUAACCAAAGUUCCGUUUCUAGUAGCUCUCUUCAGCCAACACAGGCUCCUAGUAGCUCUGUAUAUUCUCCACAAGGAUCAGUCAGUUCUAGUUACAAUAUACAAGAUUCUAUUUACUCAAUGCAAAGAUCUAGCAAUUCCUCCUAUCCAGGACAAAUGUCAGGAGGUUCUGUUCAUCCUGCUCAGGUGUCAGGGGGCUCUAUACACCCGGCACAGGUGUCAGGUGCUUCUGCACACCCUGCACAGGUGUCAGGUGCUUCUGCACACCCUGCUCAGGUGUCAGGUGCUUCCACACACCUUGCACAGGUGCCAGGAAGUUCUGUACAACCUGUUAUGGUGUCAGGUACUUCCACACACCCUGCAAAGGUAUUAGGUACUCCUGUACGCCCAGCUAUGAUGCCAGGCAACUCCGCACACCUAGCACAGGUGUCAAGUAGCUCUGCACACCUGGCACAGGUGUCAGGCAGCUCUGCACACCCUGCACAGGUGUCAGGCAGUUCUGCACACCCUGCACAGGUGUCAGGCGGCUCCACACUCCUUGCACAGGUGUCAGCCGGCUCCACACAACCUGUACAGGUGUCAGGUAGUUCUCCAUACCCUGCACAGGUGUCAGGCAGCUCUGCACACCCUGCACAGGUGUCAAGUGGCUCUGUACACUUUGCACAGGUGUCAGGCAGUUCUGCACACCUUGUACAAAUGUUGGGUAAUACUACCCAGGUGCUAGGCAAUUCUGUUAACUCUACUCCAGUCGCUUGUAGCUCUGCCAGUUCUUUACAGAUGUCAGAUAAUGUAUCACAGCUUUCCCAAGUAUCAGGCAGUUCUGUGCAUCCAUCACAACUAUCAGACAACGCUGUGCAUCUAUCACAAAUGGCUGCCAGCUCGGUGCAUUUACCACAAGGAUGUAGUAAUUCUACUUCGUCAGCACAGAUAUCUGAUAGCUCUCAUGUAACACACCUACCCAGUGGCUCUGUGGAUCCUCUGCUGGUUCCUGGUAGUUCUUCCCACAUCAUGCAGAAACCAGCUAGUUCUACUCACCUUUUACAAGCCUCAAACACUUCUGCACAUGUGUCAUCGGUUUCACAUUUGAGCACAGUUGGGCCUCAACUGCAUGGUACUUCUGGAAAGCCACUAGCUGCAAAUUAUACACCCACUGCACCAGUUCCAGUAAGCUCUGGUAAACAAAGCUUGAAUAAUCCUGUUGCUCCAGCAAGAACUGCCUCGGACCCCACUAAGUUACGGAGCCCCUAUGGGAAUGCUAACUUUAUGAAAUUGAACCAAGUGUCUAGUAGUAGUUCUGAAAGUCGGGGUCUGAAAACUAAUAACUUGUUGUCACACAGUCAGGGUACAACAAGCUCUUAUAAAGAUUCAACCAAUCUCAGCAAAACAGAACAGACUGUCGACAGUGUUACUAACACUGCUUUUAUUUCCAGUAACACUUCUCCGGUUGAAAGACCUGUUAGUAGUCUCCCCAAUAUAAGCCAGGUUAUUGAGGAGUCAUUGAAUACUAACAUGAUUUCAGAUGCUUGCAGGAAAGAUAAUAGUUCAAACUCGUGUAAAAAAGUCAAGCCAUCUACUGAGGUUUCUAACACUUUUCAAGCUUCAUCUAGUUCUCUCCCCAACCAAACAAUUGAAAAUGUUUCAAAAUUAAAUUAUAUUUCCGGGAAUGUAGUUAAAACUGACAAAAUGUAUGGCAGUUCUUUAAAACCUGAACAGUUACCAUCAAGUCUUGUCACAAAUGUACAGGCACCCAAUAACUCUCGAAAGACUAGUGAAAUGUCUGGAAAUUCCAAAACUGAUCAGAUGGUGGCUGGUUACAGUGGAUUUGGUCAAAUAUCUAAUACUGCUCUGAAGACUGGUGUAGUGGAAAGCACUUUACCUGGUAACAUUGUAAAACCUUCAACAGCUGACAAUUCUAAGAAACCUGAAACUACACUGGGAAGUAAUGACAAUUCCAUGAACACUGCCUCUGUAAGUACCAAUUCUUCGAGAACUGGUCAGUUGUUUGGCAACACUGGAAAGACAGAUUAUGUCACAGGAAGUUCUAUGAAAGUGGAGAAAGUGACUGGUGAUCCUUUAAAGGCAGUAAGUCAGAGUAAAAUGGGCCAAGUGUGUAGCACAACUAACAGAUCUGUUAACCAACAUCCAGCUUCUAUGUUUUCUUCAAAUAACGACCAAGCAUCCGUUUCUUCAUCGCGAAUUAGUCAGAAUCGAAGAUGUUCCAGCUCUUUCAAACCAGAUGAAGUUUCUGGCAACUCCUUUCGGAAUGAGAAUUCUUUGACUAGUUCAACUGAAAAUUUUCUCGUUACUGCCAGUUCAGCUGUAAGUUGUCAGGUAUCAGCCAGUUCAGUAAGUGGAAGCCACACAGUUAGUGAAGCACAUACAGCAAGCUCAACUCAGAACAGCCAGGUUACUGCUAGUUCCAUUGACCAUGGUCAGGUGUCGGCCAGUUCUACUGAAAGCCAUCAGCUUUUAGAUAACAGCCAAGUUAGUGGCAGUGAUCAUGUUACAGCCAGUUCUAAUGAAAAGAAUCAAGUUUCUGCAAGUUCUUCUGCUAGUCUCGUGGGCAGCACUCAGGUUAGUUGUACAGACACUAACAGCAACCAUGCUAGUUCAUCGGCUACCUCAUCUGAAAAUUGCCAAGUCACUGCCAGUUGCACUGAAAACAUUCAGAAUGUUGUUAGCUCAAUGAGUGUGGACCAAGAAAGCAGCCAAGAUGUUGCUACAUCGUCAGCAAACAGUUUAUUGGAAGAUGGUUUUGGAAAUUGUGAUGCAUCCGACAUUUCUGCUUCAACCACAACGUUUGGCAAUGAAAUCACUAACAACCAAGGCAUAUCAAGUUCUACUGAAUUUGAAAAUCAGUUUGAUGUGCAGCACUUGUCGAGUAUUGAUGUUAAUUCUGCUGAAAGUUCAGAAGCCACUUGCAGGUCAGUGAAGGACAUAGGACAGGCGUCAAGUUCUAGUCAGUCUGACUUGAGAAAAACGGAAAAAAAUCAAGCAACUUCUACAACUGCUAUUGCAUCAUCGGAUUGUUCUGAACAAGCUAAAUUAAUUAACUCUGGCUCUCCUUCAGAACCGACAUCUAGUUCUACCGAAAACUCUCAAAUUAGUUCCAAUAUAAAAGAAGAAUCAGCAGAAGCUAGGGUUGAAACAGCAAUGGAGGUUUCAAGUGUCGAAGAAGCAGAUUCAGCAACUACUAGUGCUGAAACUACAAAACCUAAAGCAAAUGGGACCACACCUUGUCCACCAGUUGUAACAACAACAGAGAAAAGUAGUUCAUCUAGCCGUAAAGAUCACGCCAGUGAGACUGUGGAUCAUGACGACCAUGAACAUCAUGCCUUCCUUCCUGAUCAACUUUUUGAGUACCAAUGGCCAGAUAUGAGUAGCGAGUGGUACAUACUGCAAGAGCAAGUCAGUGAAUACUUGACUGUUAAAUCAUUUAAACGAAAAUAUCCAGAUCUGAAAAGACGGCCUGCAGAAAUGAAAGAAAAGGAAUUCUUGAGAGAACGUGGUGUAGUUACUGAAACCCAGUGUGAUCUUGGAUUAACCGCCCUAAGAUGUGAAGAAGUAUAUGAUUUGAUGUUGAGAGAUUAUCCUGAGAAAUAUCAGGAAUUCGCUUCAAUUCUCCAUGAACGGGAACGACAGUCUAUUAAUGAGAAGCACAAAGGUUAUGAAGUGCCUCCUAAGCUUGAAAAGAGCAAGAUGGCUGAUUAUGUAAGGAAAGCAAUGAGAUCAGCUUCGGAGUUUAAUAGCCAGUUUCAGCGAGAAAGAAGAGAGGAGAGAAGGGCAUAUUUUGACUUGCAAACUAUGGUUAUCCACUAUCCUGCUCACAAAUAUCCAAAACUGGAAACUGCUUGUGCGAAAGUACCUGCUUAUCCUGUUAGCUUGAUUCCAGGGCAAUACCAAGAAUUCUACAAAAAAUAUGAACCAAAGGAACUUAAAUACUUUCCUCUCAACACGUGUAUUUAUGGGCCUCCCAAAAGGAUACUUAAUCCUUUAGUGAAACCUUCAAAUGUGGAUUCAUCUGAAGAAAUGGACGAUAACCAAGAUGAUCAAGCAGAUUCUGGUUCCGAUGGUGAGAGUAAUGACAAUGAUUCAAGUGAUUCUGAAGUUAGCCAGCCUGUAAUUCCUCAACCACCUCCUACUCCUUCUCCACGGAGAGGCCGGAAAAGUGCUGCAGACCACAAGGACCACAAAGAGCUAUCUUUUUUCUCCAAAAAGCAUACAAACCAAAAGAAAGACUGCCGCUUUUGCCAUAAGGGCCCCAUGAAAGGGCGAAAUAGAAAGGACGAGCUUGUCAGCUGUUCUGAAUGUGGGUCAACUGGUCACCCCGCUUGCUUGGAUUUGACCAAAGCAAUGGUGUCUAUUAUCAAGAAUUAUCCCUGGCAGUGCAUGGAGUGCAAGACAUGUGUUCAAUGUAUGGAUCCUUAUGAUGAGGAUAAAAUGAUGUUCUGUGACAGAUGUGACAGAGGCUAUCACACAUUUUGUGUGGGCCUUAAAGCAAUUCCAACAGGUCGGUGGGAAUGUACUAGUUGUAAAGAAACGGAGCCUGUAUUAUUAUCACCCAGAAACACCCCAUCAUCAACUGCAGCAUCACCUGCACACCUCUCAUCAAUUGUAGCACAGUCACCAUUACCAGUCAAAAUCAGAAAAGUUUACCGCAGACAGAAAAUUUGCUGACAAUGCUAACUGUAGGAAAUAAAGAUUAUAUCAGAUGUCAUUACUCACAGAUCAUCGUCGUACCUCCAUGGAUUGCUACUUUUCCUCAUGACUAUUCAUUAAAUUAAUUCUGACACUUGUACUGGAAAAAUUCAUUAUCACUAAAAAUUAAUAAAACAUACCACAUUA